CUCCUCAACAAUUUACAUUAAACUUGGCACAGUCAGUUCUUUAACUUCAGCUUUUCCCACGCUAAACAACGCAACCAAAUGUGAGAAAAUUUGCAUGGGUCAGAUUGCAACAGUGGCUGCUUUGAUAGUGAAAAGGCUGUCGGACAAACACUCGGAGCGGGUCUUCUUCAGCAAUAAGAAACAGUCCAGGGAAUGGACGCUCCUCAACAGCAUUUCCUGGACGAAGGAGAGCGACGACUUUGGCACGCUUACAUUUGUGGGAUACACCUUUAUUGCCGCAGUGCUACUGCUCACGAGGAUAAUCGAUCAAACCUCUAACUAUGGCACCUGUGAAAUAGUUCUCUUGACUUGUGGCGUUUUGUUUUUUACAAUAGAGGGCCUGCUCAUAUUCUUCACUGUGGAGCAACUGCCGCAGGACCUCUUAGUUUACGCCUACUCGCUGGGAGGGCUCUGCUUUAUCUGCGCUGCCUUGUUUACCCUGGACCUGUUGCUCUUCAAGAAUUUGCUGAAACUAAAGAAUUCCACGGCGCAGACGGAUCAAUUGAAGGACUCAUCAACAGUUGCCCUGAAAGUGUACACCGUAUCGCAGGAGCCUAAGAAACCCAGUUGCUGCAGUAAUAGUUCUUCCACCCAGAUGGUGAAUGAAACUGAUAGGAAAUACUUGCGAACAGAUUUAUAGGUUUGCUUUCAUAAGAUUCCUUCUUCUAUAUUUAUUUUAUAUUGAAAAACAUUAAUUUACAUAUCUGCAUGGCUCACAUUACCUUUAUUGCCGUUAAUUUUUGCGAAUGUAGAGUGAAACAAAAUAUGCAUCUUAAGAUCGUGCUGUUAAAAACAACUAAUUGGAAUUUGUAUGCUUAAUAAAUUUGUUUUUGUUUGACAUUAAUAAACGCUAGAAGCGGCUCCAACUAAUCCACAGAA